AGACGGCGAGAUUGUCGACGAUGUUUUCGACAUCUCGCCUCCUGCACAAGAUGUGGGUCAACAUGACGACGGUGCUACUACAGAUUCAGCUGAUCCGGGCCCCUCUGCAAAGGAGCGAGAGAUCAUGACGAGGCUGAUACGAGUCGAAGAAGAUAAUUCCUUAAUGAAAAACAUGAUGGUCCAAAUGAACUCCUUGCUCGCAUCGCACACCCACAGACUGGAGCGCAUCGAGCAAAUCGGCAAAGAGCUUUUGAGGCGAAACCCGGCCAAACAGAGUCAAGGGAACAUCGUUUAUGCAUAUGUUAGUGCGAGGGCCGUGGCCGAGUUGCGAGAACUAGAAAGGGCAGAAUAG